AUGUACGACAACGACGACCACGACGACGCGUCGAAGACGCAGUCAAGGUCACCGCUUCCGCCGCCGGGGCAUGCGGCCGGCGGGCCCCUGGCCGUAGACCGAGCUCGUUCGUCGCAGAACGGCACCGGCCGGUCGGGAGCGGCGGCGGCGGCGGCGGCGAUAGCGGCGGGGUGCCUGCAAGGGCGCGAGCAGGCCACUCGACGAGGGGGCCGGCCCGUGAGGACUUGCUGCCUGCGGCGGUGCAGCAAGCAGUGGCCGCUCGAGAAGCUCGCGCAGGCCCGAAGCGGGGUCCCCGCCGGCGUUUCUUCCAUCCACGGGCCCCCUCCUCCUGAUGGCAACGGCGGCGGGGAUGACGCAGGCGGCAUCAUAGUUUGCGCGGCGCGGAGGAAGGCCUACCUCAAGGGCUGCUUCUCGAGAGACGGCAGCCUGUUCUACAUCACAGGGGGGCGGAGUUCCCUCCCGGUGUGCCCCCUGUUCUUCAGCGCCGUCACCGGAAUCCCGGCGGGUGUGGUAGAGUCGGCCGUACAGGAGUUCCUCCAAGGGACCAAGAGGCGGCCUUACUCACGGGCACCAAGGGCAUCAUCGAUCGCUAAGAUAUCCGCUAGGCUUGCGCCGUCACCUUCUCCAGGUUCGAGGGAACCAGUGCCGGACGGCUGGUGGUACAGCACGGCAACGGAGCGAUGGUACAGCAGGACCACCGCACCACGUACCGGCAUCGGGGCCGACUACUCCAACCACCAGUUGCCGUGCGAGGCAUCCAAGGUCAUCCAAGCGUUCAUCACGGACCUGGCGAGCCACUGGCAGCCGCUAGGGGAAAGCAACCGGGUAGAGAUGUCAUACCCUUCGAGAAAGUAACGACGGAAGGUCGGGUCUACAAGACUGCUGCUGCUGCUGUCGCUGCUGAUACUACUGCUGCUGCUGCUGCUGGUGGUACAGCUGCACCGGCGGCCGCUGCUGUUGUCGGUGGAGCCGCCGCCGAGGUUGAAGCUAGCGAAGCGCCAAAGCCUCUGGCGGUGCCUCUGCUCCCCGCCGAGCUACAGGUGGACCUGGCACCAUCUAGGUCGCCAUGAAACUCUGUUGCUAGGGUCUGGACCGCGGGUGCGAAGGAUUAUGCCUGCACGGCGCCAAGGGGGUUAGUUCUGCUUGGCCGAUGAGGUAGAUGCAGCCGCCGUGGCAGCGAACGGUUGAUUCGACUCAAGCUGUUGUCACGUCACGGGGUAUCCGCAGAUUCAUGACAGAGGGUGACAUGUCCGGCCAUGUCUCCAGGCGAACACCUUACCGGUACGGGGCAUCCGAUUAGUUCUUGUAGGGAAUUCGUUGUUUUAGGGUCAGCUUAUUUUUGUACUUUUUAGUUUUGCACCUGUUGUCGAGGGGAUCGAUUCGUUCUUACUGAGGAUCCUCUCUCGCCACGUCUACUGCUUUAGGUUUCUAGAAAGUGUGCAUGAUCUCACAGAAAGAAUAAUGCCCGUUCGAGAUAUAACCACAGCCGAAAGGGAUGUGCUGAAGUCUUUUGAGUGAGUGGAGGGAAACCGGCUGGAAAGGUUUCCGUUGCGCAGUACCCGCUUAAGGUGUACCGUUGCCAGUAAAAGGGUGUGGGUCGUGCGUCUUCGUUUUGCAAAAUUUUCCUGGUGGGUGUAAUGCCUCACCAAUCACCUUUUAAUUCCUACGCCGACGUUGUUAACGCUUUGUGUUGUGUGUAUUUUUGUGUAUAUCCUAGACGGAGCACGCUAGAACCUCUGUGCUUCUUUGUUGUGGGCGGUACGGGACCUCGGAGCGUGUACUUCGCCUUUGAUAACGGGCUUGCAAGCCCUAGAUUUGUUUUUGAGUGCUGCUCCUUUUCAUGCACCCGUACCCCGGCCAUGGUGGAUGCAUGCGUGCCUGCAUGGAAACCUCAUGCCGCUUAUCGUACAUACUUUUUAUUUGUUGAUGUAGGACUUGUCUGAAUUUUGGUUGACCUUUGUUGGUUGAUCAUGCCUGUGCGGUGUAGGCGUCCUGUGGUAUUGGAGUUUUUGUGUCGUUUAGACCUCUGUUUUAUUCUUCGCACGGUGCGGUACAAGGCUGUCACGUAGUUUGGUGUUUCGCCGAUCUGUUCGCGGUCUUUUGAUGUUGUUGCAGCGAUGCCGAGCUCUAGGAAAGCAAAUUCGAUUUGUCAGAGUUGCAUCGAACGCGCUAAGCCGUGAGUGUGUGUGUUCCACUUUG